AUAUUUCUAAUCUGAUUCAGCAGAAGACUAGAAUUUUUUUCAGCUCCCAAAACCCACUGAGUUCACUGGCGUUUACGUUUGUAAACAGCUCGAUAAGCAUUUGAAACGCUUUCUGGGCUACAAAAUUAGACGUGCCUCGGCUCCAAAAAAUAUACGUAAUCUGGCGUUGAUGGUGAGUAAGUAUACCAAAUUCAUACCGCCAAAUCCCAUAAUCAUUAAGGACGAUGGAACUAAAAUAUCGGAUGAUGCCUCUAAAGUAGAAGCAUUUGCCGACUACUUUAGUGGUGUUUUUAGAUCGCGAACAAACGCGACAGAAGUGUCCACCAGUAGUAGCAGUUUGUUGUCAAUUCCACUUGUUACCUCAAAUGCAGUUGACAAGCAUUUAGCCACUCUUAAACCUUCUCUCUCUCCCACGGCCGAUAACAUACCACAGUAUUUCUUCAAGCAUUUCAGAGGAGCUCUUGCCACCCCGCUGGCACACAUUUUUAAUUUGUCUCUGCUUACAGGUCAAGUCCCCACCAUCUGGAAAACCGCCUUGGUAACCCCGAUACCUAAAGUGUGUAAUGCUUCUAAAAUCUCAGACUUUAGGCCCAUUAGGGUGCCCCAAGGUGGAAUUCUAUCACCACUUCUCUUCUUAAUCUAUACAAACGAUCUGCUGGCGCGCCUGAAAACUCACCCAUCUGUUAGGGUGGCGGCAUUCGCUGAUGAUAUCAAAGUCUAUGCUACCUACACCUUCCAAGACAAAGAGAUAGUCCAAACAGCACUAAAUGAGUCGUGCCCAGAAUAUGGCCACCUUGCCUCUUGUGAUCUUGUCAGAGACCUGGGGGUUACAAUCACACGAGGUCUCAAGUGGAAACUGCACGUCGAUAACGUCUAUAAUAAAGCCAUGAGAGUGAUGCACAGUCUAUUCAGGAACAUUCACUGCUCGGACAUUUUGGUAUGGAUUAAACUUUUUAAGAUGACCAGUAGAUGGAUAUGCAAGCUUCCACAGUCCGUAUCAGCGAGCAAAACGUCUGAAAGCUUCAAGAGAGCUCUAAAAAAGAUCGAUGUGCUCCAAGCCAUUGGUGUUGAAGAUGUCGCCUGA